AUGAAUACCCGUGGAAAUCGUGGAAAUCGUGGAGGUGAUGUGAUUGUUCCGAUUGAAGAUCACACCAGCCCCUAUUAUCUGCAUCCUAGCGAUAAUCCUAGUCUCCAGCUCGUUUCUCAAGUUUUGAUCGGCUCUAAGUUCAUCAAUUGGAGCAGAUCUGUUACUACUGCCUUGGUUGCCAAAAAUAAAAUUCAGUUUGUCGAUGGUUCAUUGCUACGACCACAAGAUGAUGAUCUAUUGUUUUCAGCUUGGAUCCGAUGUAAUAGUAUGGUGGUUUCGUGGUUGCGGAAUUCCGUUUCUCCACAGAUUUGUUCGAGCAUCAUGUAUAUGGAUAAUGCUCAUGAAAUCUGGUCUGAUCUCAGUGAUCGCUUCUCUCAAGGUGAUUCAGCUAGAUCCUAUCAACUAAAACAACAACUUAUGGCUCUUGUGCAAGGAAGUUCCGAUGUCAAUACAUACUUCACCAAUCUCAGGAUCGUUUGGGAUGAAUAUAGACACUCACAACCUGCUGCUUGGUGUACUUGUGGCACAUGUAGAUGCCACAGUGCUAUACGAUGGCACACACACCAGGAAGCUGAAUGUACAAUUCAGUUUCUCAUCGGUUUGAAUCCUUCUUAUUCUCAGAUUCGAUCCACUAUCUUAUCCACCAUUCCUUUUCCUUCCUUAUCUAAGGCUUUCUCUUUAGUUAUCCAAGAGGAGAGACAACGCACCAUUGAUGGAAGCUUGAUCCACUCUCCCUCAAUUUCUACCAGUGAGCAGCCUUUCAAUGUCAAUGCUGCUGCCUCUAAUUUUGGUCGAGGAAGAUUGAUAUGUUCUCAUUGUGGUCGUACAAACCAUACAGUUGACAGAUGCUUUUCUCUCCAUGGUUUUCCUCAAGGUUAUGGUCGAGGCAGAGGCAAACCGAUCAACAAAGAUUUCUCUAAAGUGAUCAACUAUGUUGAAGAUUCUGCCUCUGACAUCUGUGAUAAACUGGCUGCUAAUGCUGUGUCUAAUCUGUCUUCAUCUGAUCAACUACAACAGAUCAUCUCUCUAUUGCAAACACAGCUUGCUGCCACAUCAACAUCAUCUCCAUCUCCAUCACAUAUUCCUGCUACUUCUCAGCCAAGUCCUCCAUCUCCAUUCCAGUCCACUCAGUCCAAUCCUUUUACGGGUACCACUCUAUUCUCACCUUUUGUUGUUGUUUCCUCUUUACAUCAUCUCUUUGGCUUCUUGACACUGGUGCUACUCACCAUGUUUGUUGUGACAUUACUUGCUUCACUAAUGCAUCUCCAGUUCAUGAUGCUUUUGUAA